GCCCAAUCUGCGCAAGUAGGAAGUCGACCAUUUUCCUUUUUGUCGCACCGGUUUCAAAGCACAUGUGCUUUGUUAACGUCUUUAAAAAAGACUGAGCUCUCAUCAAAAUGAACACAGAAAAACUGAAGAAAUUGCAGUCGCAAGUGCGAAUCGGCGGUAAGGGCACCCCCCGGCGCAAAAAGAAGGUCGUCCACUCCACCCAGGCCACCGACGACAAAAAGCUGCAAUCCUCCCUGAAGAAGCUCUCAGUGAACACGAUACCAGGCAUUGAAGAAGUAAACAUGAUCAAGGACGAUGGUACGGUUAUCCACUUCAAUAACCCGAAGGCUCAGGCCUCUUUGGCGGCCAACACGUUCGCCAUCACUGGCCACGGGGAAAACAAACAGAUCACAGAGAUGUUGCCGGGGAUUUUAAGUCAGUUGGGGCCCGAAGGGCUCAACCAGCUCAAACGUUUAGCCAGUAGUGUCGCCAAUACUGGGUUGGGGAGGAUCGUCCCUGAGGACGAGGAGGAUGUACCGGAUCUAGUUGGGAAUUUCGACGAAGCGUCGAAGGCGGAGGUUGCAAAGAAGGAAGGAGAAGACAAGCCAAAAGAAAAUUAAUUCAGUUUAUGCUUAGUGGGCUCGAAUCUAUUGCUCCUAUUUUUAUGGUUUUGAGGACACAUUUCAUGGUAUUUGGUGGAAAUGUGUCUGCUAAUAUUGUACCAAAUCUUUUUUUGUUAAAAAUUAGACACGCAACUUGUAUAGAAUAUUUCAUAGGAAAUACAAAAUAUUCUAAUACAAA